GGUAUUGAUUUGGUGGGAUCUUUCGCAUUCCCAUUUAAGAAGAUGAUACAGCAAACAUCAAAUAUUAAAUGAGAGAUUGAUUUUUCUGAUCCACUCCUCAUAUUCCUCCACUACGUUUUCUUGGACCAUUUCCAAUGGAGAUAAUGGAGGUAGGCUAAAUCCAAUAGGCAUCCUUUAUUCACUUUCUUCUUUACCUUUCAUCAUGAAAAAGCUACGGGGGCAGAUUAUUGGGUUUUCUCCUGCACUUCCACCCAAAACAUGGGCGUGAAAUCUGAAAAGCUAUAAAAUUGAAAAGGAAUCUUCUUUACUGAGGGCAAGCACCAACAGCAUAAAAUCACACUCAAAGCCUUAAAAUAAGAAAUAUGGAAAUUUUACGCAUCCUUCUACGACCUACUGCUAUCCCAAGAUCCAAUUCUCCCUUCUCUGUCCUUCUCUUUUCUCUCAUAAAUGGCCCAGCUGGACCAAAAUUUAUGUGGAAGAAAAACAAAAAAGAGAAAGAAUGGGAAAGAAAGGAAAGGAAAGAGAAGUUUGGGCGUGUCUUCAAAUCUCUUCCAACCAUACCCACCUUACAUUACGACCUCUCUCUUUCUCUCUCUGUCUGUCAUAGGUGUUAUGUUGUUGUUACCCGAAAUGCCCUUUCUGCAAGCGCCCAAAAAAUCCCAUCUUCAUCACGGUCCUCCAAAAGAACAAAAUUUUCUACAGAGUUAUGAGGGCCUUUUAUGUCUCUCUUUGUCUCGGUCAGAGUUUCACAGAGAAACCAGGAAAGCCAGAACCUCCUCUUUCUUUUCUCUCUUCUGCCUUCUUCUACACUUGCCUUGUAUCCUGCCCUAUUCCUUUCUCUGCUCUUCCCCCAUAGUUGUUCGGUUUAGGUUUUGGGCCUGGGGGUUGCUCUGAUAUUCACUGAUCUGAUGAAGAAGAUGAAAAGGAUUGUUUCUUUCGAAUCUCCUUAUGCUGUUUGCGAGGAUAAGAGGAGUAAGUAUAGGCAUCAAUGUCUGUUGCAGGACUAUGAAGAGUUGGAGAGGGAGACGGAAGUCAUGAGAAGGAAAUUGCAAAUUUUGAAGCAGAAAAAGCUGAUGCUAUCAACUGAAGUUCGAUUUUGUAGGCAACGAUGCAGAUACCUUAUGAGAAAUCCUUCUUCCAAGCUUCAACCACGGCAAGAUGUUUCCCCCCUGCAUAAUCCUAAAAUCCAAGCUUCCAUUGUCUCUAAGAACAGAAAGUACAGUAGAAAAGAAACCAGUUUGCAAUCCCGUAUUGCUUCUCGUUCAUAUGCAAAAGAAAGGGUUUCUGACGGCGUUGAGGGUAAAUCACAAAAACCCGCACGUGUGUUCGAUUUAAACCAGAAUGCUAGGAGUCUUACUGGAAAAGAUGCUUUUUUCAUCAAUUCUUCAGCUCAACUGUUUGACUUGAAUCAAAAUGAUAGGAUUCACAGUGGGAAGGAUUUAACAAAGAAGAGUAUAAGCCUAUUUGACUUGAACCAGAUUUCGGUAGAAGAAGAGGAGUUGAUGGGUGACAUUGAGAACAUGAAAAGUGAGGAACCUAAGAGAAGUGCACGGAAAGGUGCAUGCAAUGAGGAGCACGGUGAUAUCAAGUUAUCGGGUUGUAGAAGCAUGGGAAAUGGAUCAAAUAGGACGCGGAAGAGGAAGAUUUCAUGGCAAGAUCAGGUGGCGUUAAGGGUUUGAUCAUAGUACAGUAGGCAAAAGCUGCUCUUUUGGAACGUUGUAGACUUACAGAGGCGUGGUGGAUUUUCUAAGUUCACUAAACUGUUAUAGCUUUAUGUUUCUUGUGUAAAAUAUACGGUAUUUUUAUACAUAUGCAUAUAGAUUAAACGGUGUAAUUCUGCUCAGGACAGUAGUAUCUCUCUUCACAGUUUGUUUAGUCUUUUAUUGAUGAUAUGCCCAAAGUAGACCGAGGUGGGAUUUUGAUUAUUCCAGUGUUGAUCUAGUGGUUCUUGAAAGAAUCUGCUGUUUCGUUUGGUUCAGGCUUCGAACUAAUGAAGGUUCUGUCCUCUGGCCAAAAUUGAAGAUUGGCCUGUGUUUGUGUUCAGUUUGUUGUCUUAUCAGGAUCUAUAUGUUGUAUUA